CUAACCCCAAACCCUCUCGUCUUUCGUCUGGUUUCUCCCCCAAAAUCAACAAACAUGGCGUCUGCAUCAGAACCACCGGAAGUGAUUGUAAAGAACAGAUUUCUGGGCUUCCUCAUAUGGCAAUGCAUACCCUCAACCGCCAUCUUCUUCCUCUUUAAAUCCUUUAUCCUCUCUUCACUUGCUUCCACUGCUCGUAACAAGAUACCCUUUUUACCCUCGUUCGUCGGCGUUUUUUCCUUCCUUAGCUUCCACCUCUCCCAGCUCCUCUUCUCAAUCUCCCUCUCCGUCAUCUCUUCCCCGCGGCCCCAUCGCCCUGCCUCGCCACUGGAGCUCGUGCUCGGCAUAUUCCGAUUACUCCUUGUCCCGUCGGGCGAGUCUCAGCCGCCGUCUGAUUUCCAGCGUCGUGCAAAGGUCUCUUUGGGGUUCGUUCUGUUUGUUGCCGCAGCAUGUGUCUCCGGAUUGGUGUCGGUGGUGUCUAUUUGUUCUUUGAGCGAGGAUUCGGGUGUAAUGCUACGAAUAGGGGUUAGGAGUUUGGCUAUUGGGUUGGUUUAUGGAUUGUUUUAUCUCUAUAAGCGGCGGUGGGUUUUGGAGUUCCCCAUUAUUCAGCGCCCCCCUUUCUUUAGCUUCAAAAUGGGGCUUCCUUUGGCUAUCAAACGAGCUUUCAAGCUUUCGAUUGCAGCUUACAUAUCUUCAGUUGUGCUGUUGGUGGUUCUGCCUCAUCAUUUACAGAAUCGGAUGACAUUGGGAAAGUUUGUUGUUGAGCAAAUAAGAUUUUACAUUGGGAGCUUUGCUGUGUUUCUUUGUUGGGAAUUGAAUCACCAUUUACAUCAGGUGUUACAUACAAAAAGGUUGAUAUUUGCACCACCAAAAGGUUCUGCUGCAGCUGAGACCAAUCCAAGUGAGCCCCUCCUUGCAGCUCUUGAAGAUUGCGCGGAGAGUUCUCUCAUACAGUAUCUUGCAUAUCUGGAUCUCUGCAUGGUUUGUGAAAAUAAUGUUGAUUCUUGGCGGCGAGCUGCGUUCUUUGAAGAAACUGGGGAAACUUAUAAAAGAGUUAUAGGUGUAUGUUUGAGGCCUUUGAAAGAACUUGCAUCAAAAUUGGCGGAAGGUUUGGAAAGUUGCUCUUCGGAAAAGGCCUAUCAACUUUCCACUCAAUUGCAGUCACCAGUUGACUCACGUGUAGAUUCGAAAUAUUCUGAGCCACUGAACGACUACCAGCUUUACGCAUGGUGUGCCAGGACAGUUGCCUCCUUGACGGCACACUCACAUACUGAAGACAGAUAUGGGGUUGCCCAACUCUCUGGUAGCAAUGCUGCUGUUAUCUCAGUGCUUUUAUCUUGCCUGCUUGCUGUUGAAGCGUUCAUGGGUAAGAAAACCAGCUUGCAAUCUCCAAAUCAUCUGACAGGAGUAGCCGGGAUCAGAUGGGCUACACAGAGCUCAGGAAGAAGAGAGAUUGUGGUUAACAAAAAGAGAGAUGGACGUUUACACUCCAACGCAUAUGCCAUGGCUGAUGCUCUAAGGACCUCAAUUUAUUGCGUGGUGUCUGUUUUCCAUGAGGAGAUGCUGACUAGUGCCAAAGGAAGCAACAUUGGAAAGGAUUGGAUAAUUAGCAGCAAACCACCAUUUGGGACCCGUGAGCUGCUCGUACAAAAGUUGCUACUUUUCCUGGAUUUCCGAGCUAGUUAACUUUCCAGCUUAAGCUCAUUGCUUCUCCUCAGUUUUGUUUUGGUUUUGUUUUUAUCUUGCCAUUAGCUCUCUCAUGUAGAAAUGCCAAAUACAAUCCAGAGUUGUAGACAGAAAGUGAGAUGGAAAAAUUCAGUUUUGCAUUGGAGGAUAUGACAGAGAUCAUGAUGUAGCACACAGGAGGCAGCUGCCAUUAAUAUGCAGAAAGAUCUUAUUUAAGUCAGUUUGAUAAAGUCAUUUUGUACUUGCCCUGGGUGGCUAGAAACUGAAGACAUCAAGGGAGCAGAUGGAGGUUGAACCUUGAGGGGAUCUGAUAAUGUCAUGUGGGUUUUGCUAAUCUUUUGUUAUUGAAUCUGUUCUUGACAUGAUUUUCCCCUCAUGUUUAUUUGUUGUAGUUCAUACAACUCAAGUUGAAA